UCCAACUGCCGUUUGAGGUUUGCCGUGUCCGUGCACAACCUCCGGGAUCGGCCCAGGCAAGAGGCCGCGUUUCCAUCAGAAAGCCCGCCUUCGUGCAUAGCAUUGGCCACCAGCGAUUCCCGGUUAACAUUACGGUUACUUAAGCAGCAGCUGCCGCGAAGCGUGAGAAGCAGGUCAGUGACCUUAGAAUGCUAUCGUAUUCCACUCUUAAAGGCGAAGCUUAAGCGUCCUCCGAUUUUUUACUCAACUUUUCUCUUUCCGCAAUUUUUAUGUGGUACAUGACGCGUGCAUUUUCGCGGUUUCCGCGAUGAACUAAGCAUUUCAGGCGUGUUCUUUAUACUUCGUUGAAGCAGGCAGCAUCCUGUGACUGACGAGAGAUAAAUGUUUAUUCUCCGUAUACAGUCACUUAUUAAAAUGUUCCAAAGUGUCAUAGUGCCGUUAUCCGCAACGUUUCCAAGAGUUCCCUAAAACAACUGUAGUGGACACCAACUUUCGUAUCCAAGAAAGUAGCGAAAAUAUUCAAUGUAAUUUUUGGCAAUAUUUUCACGUUGCUGGGUUAAUUGGAAGCGUUGCAAAUAAUUAUAGGGCUCUCGUAUUAUUUAUCAUAUUUUCAUGCUUCAUAGGAGGCUUGUGAUUGCUUUAAGCGAUGUAUUUGAUAAACAAUACCAGGUAUUGCUUAGAUAUGUGCGCAAAUAAGGGGCAAGUUAUGAUUAACAUGUAGGCAAAUUUCUAAGUGUUUUGGUUAAUUACGACCUCUGUAAUAAAUUACGCAUGCAACUAUACCGCGGUGUUAUGAGUGUGUUUUAUUCGCCAAGUUUAUCCCGUUGUCCUCGCGUAACUACAAAUGCCACUGAGAUCCACUUUAGCGAAUAUCGAUGAAGCACUAUGGCAGAUUUGUGUACGAAUUAAUAUAUGUGUGAAUCGAAUACAGCCUGUGUAGAAACAAUUUUAAAGAAGCUUUGAUAGCGUCAUACUGCUGUUACCAUCCGUGUUUCCCAAUGUCUUGAAAUAACUCUACAUUGAACCAGAGUCCUUCCAUGUUUUUCUGGUCACGAAACUCCGCCGUCACGCUAUGGGAGAGGUUCAUAUACCGCCCAAAGGUGCCACGACGCGGCGCCACUAUGCUACAGAGGGCAUCGUUCGCGUACCGAAAUGCGUGCGCAGUGCGAGACGAGCUGACUGAUCGGGUGCGUUCUGUGCAUGUGCUGUGCUAUUUUUCGUGUGUUGGGCUGUUUGGUUGAAGCGGUGGGGUGGGACAACGAUGCCGAACACGUGUUGCGUGCCUGGGUGCCGUUCCGGCUACAAAGGCACGACCGAAAAGGUGUCGUUCUGUUUACCUAAUAACAAGGAGCAGCGCGAGAAAUGGAAGCGGGCCAUACCGCGGCGGAAAAGUGGCGGUUUUAAUUUCGAAUCGAAGUACACACGUGUGUGCGCGGAACACUUUGACGACUCGGACAUCGUCACUGCGUACAAUUUCAACAUCAACGGCGACGACGUGUCCCUGGAGCGUGAGAAGCCGACGCUGAACACAUUUGCUUUAUGCUUUGUUGCAACCUCAAUUUGUGGGACGGUUGUCAAUCCUGUCAAGCGUGGCGCUGAGGGCUUUUAUUUGUGCAUUGAAACAAUGACAAUCACACAGAAGACUGGUGAAAUGAUGAAAGAGGUCAGUGCGUCUGAGUCAGGGAACCUUCAGCCAUAA